AUGGGUGCAGAACACAUCAUACAGCGAUUAGGUGGACGAUUCGAGGGUCGAAUAGGUGAAUUAGAUCAUUGGUUUAUGAUGAGCACACCACAACAACAACAAAGCAAUAACCCAAUGGAAAAACGGGCUUCGCUAAUGGAAGAAGAAGAAGAAGAAGAAGAAGAAGAAGAUUUUAUUGUAAAACAAUUUAAGACACUGAAACGACGGUCAUUGCGCAAGCGAGGAGAUGAAGACGACUCUCGCUUUUGGAAGGAAGCUAACCGUCUCGACAAACAAAUUUUAAAAAAGCGUAUAAAAAGGCUGCCAAUUAUACCCGCUAACGAAACACUAAAAGAUGCGCAAACAGCACUAAAAAUCAAGGAUCCAUGGUUUCCCAAGCAAUGGCAUUUGAUUAAUUUAGAAAAUCCUGGAAAUGAUAUCAAUGUCACCGGUGUAUGGAAACAAGGAAUUACUGGCAAAGGCGUCAAUGUAGCUAUACUUGACGAUGGUUUAGAUUAUAAAAGCAAGGACUUGGCCGACAAUUUCUUUGCCGAGGGUUCGUACGACUUCAACGACCAUGAAUCCCUCCCUACACCAAAACUUUGGGAUGAUAGUCAUGGCACGAGAUGUGCAGGACAAAUUGCUGCUGUUCGCAACGAUGUAUGUGGUAUGGGUAUAGCUUACGAAGCCAAAGUAGCCGGUGUGCGUAUCUUAUCGGGCGAUUUAACGGACGCUGACGAAGCUCUUGCGCUUAAUUACGAGUAUCAACAGAAUCAUAUUUUUUCUUGUUCAUGGGGGCCGCCUGAUAACGGACAGACAAUGGAAGCACCCAAUGGAAUUCUAGCCGACGCUUUCAUUAAUGGUAUCGAAAAAGGAAGAGAUGGCAAAGGAUCAAUCUAUGUGUUUGCAACAGGCAACGGUGCUAUUUCAGGAGAUAAUUGUAACUUUGAUGGCUACACCAAUAGUAUCUACACCAUUACCGUAGGAGCCAUUGAUCACAAUAAUGAUCACCCUUCUUAUUCGGAAAGCUGCUCGGCUCAGCUUGUGGUAACUUAUUCUAGUGGAGGGGGAAACUAUAUUCAUACAACUGACGUGGGUGAAAACAGUUGCUCAGAUCGUCAUGGCGGUACAUCCGCAGCCGCACCCAAUGCAGCAGGUAUAUUUGCUCUCGUUCUGUCGGUUAGGCCUGACCUCACUUGGAGAGAUUUGCAACAUUUAUGCGUGCAAACGGCAGUGCCUGUGAACACUUUGGACGACGACUGGAAAAUGCUGCCUUCAGGAAGGAUCUACAAUCAUAAAUUCGGCUAUGGUAAAUUAGAUGCCUAUCGACUAAUAGAAGCAGCUAAAAAUUUCAUACUAGUCAACCAACAGACUUGGCUUGAAUUACCAAGCCCAUUCAAAAAAAGAGCUAUACCAGAUUCAUCAGGGCUGAAAACGAGAAAAGCACUGAAAAAUACAGUUUUGGUCACAGAGGAGAUGAUACAAGCAGCAGGCCUGCUCCGAUUAGAACAUAUUACAGCAACAGUCAACAUUGUACAUGAUAGACGUGGUGAUUUAGUAGUGGAUUUAGUCAGUCCGAAUCAAGUAGUAUCCAAUCUGGCAACAAGAAGACAUUUGGAUAAUGACAAAAGUGGCAUGCAAAAUUGGAAGUUUAUGUCUGUAAAGCACUGGGAAGAAAACCCAAUAGGAAAUUGGACGUUAAUGGUUUACGAUGUGGCUAACCCUGAAACAAAAGGUCAUAUGUUAAAUUGGACACUAACACUCUAUGGUGAACAGGAUCCAGCUUUUGUGGGUGAACCUAUUCAUUCAAAUGAAGGAUUACACGACGAUAAAGAGCAUGAUAUACCGGAUACAACUUCUAUCUCUACUUCGCCGCCUGCAACCACAUCAAUGGAUGAUACGCCACCUUCCCGACCUACACGUAUUAAACCUGGUAAAACAUACACUAGCGGUUCAAUAACUACCACAACAAUAAUAGCUAGUACGUCCUCGGACGUAGCAUCAGAGACAGACACUUCAUCAUCUGUUGAUGCCUCACAAAAAGAGGACGAGCAUCGCUAUCUAACAGUUAUUUAUGCUAUUUUGGGUUCGGUGGCUAUUUUGAGUGUGGCUAGUGUUAUGUUUAUUUAUCAGAAAAAGCGAUCGCCGCAAUUAUCACGUUCACCCCUCACUAGCAGACGACCUAUGAACACAAAUAGUAAUGGUUACGAAUUUGAAGACCUUCAGCCUUUAACAACGGAGCUGGAUGAGGAGGAUUCUGAACCAGACGAAGAUCAUACUCCCCAGGAAAACAACAGACUUACCAGAGGUGUUACUUCCACAGAUGGCAUCAACUAA